AUGUCACAAGAAGACAUAAGGCGAGCCGUGCAACUUCUCGUGCAGGCACCUGACGAUGCUCUUUUCGCUGUGAGAGCCGAACUCCUAGCCGCUUUUAUCGGAUUAAAGAAACGUCUCCGAUUAUCUUCGGAUCGAUGUAUCGAGAUACUCGACUCUCUCUCGGCUAAGACGGAUGAAAUCAAGGAAAAGCAGGCCGACGUGGCUAGAGUUAUUGGCGAAGUAUCAUCAAGACAAGCAGAUGUCCGCCUUCAGCAUAUUUACGCAGAACAACCUGGAGGGAAAGGGUUUGAGUGCCGUGCUCGAGCGAUAUUUGCAUACCGUUCUUUAGGAUUCGAGUUUGAAGAAUACACGAUAAGGCAACGCGGUACAUCCCGAGUUACAGAACUUGCUUCAGACAUUCGAAAGGCCGAUGAUAGGAGUUCCGGACACGUCCAGGAGUUUCUCAGGGAAAAGGGACUAGAAAAUGACGGGCCCAGUAAAAAGGCAGUUUGCUUUGCCAUUAAAAUACUGGUUCUUGAGAAAACCUUUGGGAACUGCGGUAUCUCGUGGUUGGUGUCAUUCAUAUUUUCCAAGAUUCGAAACUUGCCUUACCUUUCUCUCCCUGAUAUCUGUCAUCUGCUCUCACAACGUGACGGCGACUACUCAAAUCUUGGGGAAUUGGCCUCAUCGUUUUCAAAUCUUAUUCGGGCCAGUCAGCAGCAGUAUGAUGCAUUUGUUAAUAGUCCAGACGGGAUUAGUCAUGAUUCCGAUCAGGACCGAUCGGAGUGCUUGACGGAGGAUCAGCCGAUAAGCGAUUUACCAGCCGAAACGGAUGGGCUGGAGGCAUCUAUUGAGCAAAACCAAGCUUCUACGGUUGAUCUUUUGGCCUCCUCGUCACAAAGUGACAUAUCCGUUCGAAGCUCGAGGUCGUCACGGAGCUCAAACACCACGCCCACACCUGAGUGCUCGAAUUCGGAUACCCCCGAUGUCCCUUCGCUGCAUGAUCAAGUUCUUGAAUGUAGACUUGCAAGCGACCGCGGUCAAACGAGUAAACCAGGUCGGAUAGCCCGUGCUGAUGAUGAUGGAGAGGGGCCUGAGCUUCGUCCGUCGAAAAGGAGAAGAAUAUUAUCAUAUUCUCAGACACAGAACGUACGGCCCCCGAGUAUAGGUUCACGAUCGCCGAUAAUCCCUUCGAACGCUCCUACACCAGCCCAUGCGUACUCCGACGGGUUGAAUAGCCAUCCUCACGCACGAUGGAGGCCCUCGUACAUGGUCGAAACACCAAUAGGUUCUCGGCAAUAUCCGCCGUCCAACACGAAUUUUUGGUCCGUUGUUGAUGACAGGGCCAUCGACGGAUCGAGUUCACCCAAUCAAUCUGGCCCAAUACCCGACACAAGCAAUGUACCCUAUGGUCUAUUAGCUAUGUCUGAACAGCACGUUCAACCAUUUGUUCAUUCCAACGAGGAAUAUGAUCCACAAGCAGUACAGCCGUCACCUUCUAGUGCCUUCCCCUGCUAUUCUACUGAACAGAAUGUUGCACAGGCUAACUCUGUGGGCCAACCUCACCAUGAAGGUCAUGCUUAUUCUCUUCAUGGCCAGCGUGCAUCCAGCAGGAUGGAUCAAAUUCAGUCUUUCCCCGUUGGCAACUAUGCUUCUCUGCCUUCAGCAGCCACACAGGCACAGGAAAACCACCAGUUGGUUCAAGCUCUUCGGUCUAGCGUGCAAGCGCAGAUUCUAGAAAGCUCUGUAGCCGAGGGGAGGCGGGAUUCAUAUUGGGAAAGUUUAACAAACAACCGCUCAUUUCGGAUAUUGGAACCCGACCCAUGUGAAGACCAAUUCGAACAAUCGUCUAAUUGGACGCAGUCAGUUGCUCUUGAUCCCGUCAAUUUCUUAGAAUACCUGCCCACUACAGCGCCCGCUGAGUCUCUACCCCUCGACCCCGUCAAUUUCUUGGAUUAUCUGCCCACCACAGCGCCCGCUGAGUCUCUGCCCCUCGACCCCGUCAAUUUCUUGGAUUACCUGCCUACUACAGCGCCCGCUGAGUCUCUACCCCUCGAUCCUGUCAAUUUCUUGGAUUAUCUUUCUGGUUCAACAUCUAACCAAUCGUUUCAAACAAGGGGGUUAAACAUCACUUUGACAGAUCCGUCCAUGGUUGAAGCGCAGCAGUGGGCUUUUCCAAAAACUGCAGUCCAUUCGUCAAGCUCCCCUGUUAAUCAGUUGUAG